AUGAGUUUUAAAAAAGAUGAUUUCCAUGAAUCUUCAAAAAGUAUAGAUAAUACACCAAAUUUAUCUUUUGAAAUUGAUAGAGAUCAAAAUCAAUAUGAACUGGAUGAUCUGGAUGCUUAUGAUUCCAAAAAAUCUGUUAAAAAACCAUUAAUCACUUCGGAUUCAAGUGAUUCUGAAAGUUCAAGAGAUGAUAAUAUCACCAAUGAUAAUACAAUUGCUACUGGGAUCCAAAACACUUCAGCGCUUAAACAAUUUUGGUAUUAUAAAAAAGUCAUUUGUCUAUGUGCUUUGAUUUCAUUAACAGGUUUCUUGUUUGGUUGGGAUACUGGUGUUAUUGGUGGUAUAAUUAAUAUGAAUUCUUUUAUAACUAAAUUAGGUCAUGAAAUAAUAAUAGAUCCUUUAGAUCCAUCUAAAACAAAAAUUAUAUUGGAAAGUUAUAAAACUGGUGCUAUUGUAUCAGGUUAUCAUAUUGGUUGUAUCACUGGUGGCUUUACAAUUGCUAAAUUAGCUGAUACUUUGGGUCGUCGUUAUCCAAUUUUAAUUUCAAUGGCAACAUAUAUCGUUGGGAUUUUGAUUCAAAUAUCUUCAAUUUAUACCGGUUGGUGGAUUCAAUUUGUAUUGGGGAGAUUUACCACUGGUUUAUGUAUUGGUAGUGUUGCUGUACUUUCACCAAUGUUAAUUUCUGAAACUGCUCCAACUGUUAUAAGAGGUAGUUGUGUUUGUCUUUAUGGAUUAAAUAUUUGUGGUGCUAUUUUUUGGGCAAGUAUCACCGUUUUCCAAUGUAAAGAACAUUAUCCAAUGACAAAUAUUGAAUGGAUAUUACCUUUAGCAUUGGGGAUACUGGCUGCUUCAAUUGCAAGUGUUGGUAUCUUAUUAACACCUGAAAGUCCAAGAUAUUUAAUUAGUCAAAAUGAUUAUAUUAAUGCAAGAAUUUCAUUACAAAAAAUUGGUGAUUCUGAUAUUGAAAAAACUCUUAAUUCUAUCCAAGAAAGUUUAUUAUUAGAUUCAAAUGCAAAUGAAUUACCAUUUACUGAGAUUUUUAAAAAAAGAUAUAUUAAAAGAGUUAUUAUUGGAGUUUUCAUGAUGGUUUUCCAACAAAUGAGUGGUAUUGAUUAUUUUUUCUAUUAUGGUACUGCAUUGUUCAAAUAUGCUGGUGUGGAAGAUUCUUAUUUCACUUCAAUUAUAUUAGCAUCAGUUAAUUUCUUGGUUACAAUUCCAGGUAUCUAUAUAAUUGAAAAAUUAGGUAGAAGAAAAGCAUUAUUAAUUGGUUCAGUUUUAUGUUUCAUUUCAUUAUUUAUUUAUUCUACAGUGGGGACUUUUAUGUUAGAUGCAAAUGCAUCAUCACCUGAAGUUAAUAAGACACCAGGUAUGAUUAUGGUUAUUUUCACAUGUUUAUUUAUUAUUUCAUUUUCUCCUUCAUGGGGUGCAUCUGCUGGUGUUUUCGUUAGUGAAUUAUAUCCAUUACAUAUCAAGAGUUCAGCGGUUGCGUUUGGUAUUGCUUUUAAUUGGGGUUCAAAUUUUUUCAUUGGUUUUUGUACACCAAUUAUAAGUGAACAAAUUGGUUAUGCUUAUGGUUAUGUUUUCACUGGGUUUAUGUUUAUUGGGUUUUGGUUUGUUUAUUAUAUGGUUCCAGAAACUCAGGGGAUUUCUUUAGAGCAAAUUAGUGCAUUAUUUGAGAAUUAA